CGGGCCGUCCUGCGCGCCCCCGCCUGUUUGCGCGCCGCUGUGCGCGGACCCAGUCCAACAGUUUCUGGAGCAGCCAGACCGCGCAGGAGCGACGUGGACCGUCCGGACCGGAGAGGAUGAAGAGAACAACUUCCCUGCUGGUGUUUGCAGUCGUCCUCAGCGUCUGCUGGGCUCAGUCAGACUCAGGAGCUGAGGAGGCGGCGGUGGAGGAGGAACAUGUGGAGCUCUUCACCACUCCCACCACCAAGAUGGCCGCUGCCACCUCGGACUUCGGCUACAACCUUUUCCGGGCUCUGGCGAGCCGCGAAGCUUCGGCCAACCUCUUCCUGUCUCCCAUCAGCGUCUCUGCGGUCCUGACCCAGCUGUCCAUGGGGGGCUCUGAGAACGCCCAGAGGCAGUUGUACCGCGCUCUCAGGUACCACAGUCUGCAGGACCCUCAGCUGCUGAACACCCUGAAGGACCUGCUGGCUUCAGUGAAGGCCUCAGAGAAAGGCCUGAAGACCGCGGCACGGCUCUACGUUACACGACGACUUCGUCUGAAGCAGGACUUCUUCAAGCUGGUGGAGCAGCAGUUUGGGGAUCGACCCAAAGCGUUGCUUGGAGGAGCCAAAGACCUGAAGGAGGUCAACGACUGGGUGUCCCAGCAGACCGGCAGGAAGGUCCAGCAGUUCCUGACCAAAGCUCUGCCCCGAGCCGCCGGUGUUAACGCCGUCAGCGCCGCCUACUUCAAAGGGGGGUGGCUGACCCGCUUCAGUCAGAGUAGAGCUCAGGAAAGCUUCCAGGUGGAAAACGGGGCUCCAGUCCUUGUUCCCAUGAUGCACCAGGAUAAUUACCCUGUAAAGAUGGGGGUGGACUCAGACCUGAGCUGCACUAUCGCUCAGAUCCAGAUGCAGAACGACGUCAGCAUGUUCAUCUUCUUACCCGACGGCGUGACGAGCAACACCACUCUGCUGGAGGAGAGUCUGACGGCUGAGUUUGUCCAGGACCUCUCCAUGGCGCUCCAACCUGCCCAGGUGUCCCUGACUCUGCCCGUCCUGAGGCUCAGCUUCUCCACGGACCUGCUGCCUCUGCUGGGCGACCUCGGCCUCUCUGAGUGGCUGGACAACCAGGAGCUGGAGAAGAUCUCUGCUCAGGCCGCCAAACUGACCAGCGUCAAUCAUAAGGUUGUCAUGGAGACGGCGCCCGAAGGAACCCAGUACCCCGGCGCCGCCUCGGCACCGUCUCACCUGACGUACCGCGUGGACCGGCCCUUCGUCUACCUGAUCCGAGACGAACCGUCAGGAGCGCUGCUCUUCAUCGGGAAGGUGGUCAACCCCAAAGACCUGACAAUAUAA